AUAUGUAAAUGAAGCCUUCUCCUUCAUUCAUUGUAUAUUUUAUCUGUGACACUUGUGUUUGAACUGACAUAUAGUUUGACGUGUCAAAUGUCAAGGGAGUCGUUGAAUAAAUAACGUUACAUGAAAAAUAAACUAAAAUAUAAAGAUAUACGUGGAAUAUUAGCCUUAAAUGUUGUUUCUCUUUUCAGAGCAACACAAAUUGGUUUUUUAUUUCACCGUGUCUCAACGGACACAAUAAGAUAUUAUAAAACAACAUUUCUACGGCUAUUGAACAACCAUGGAAAAACUUAAGUUUGAAUUUGUUGUGAAAGCGGGUGAAGAUCCGAAAACAAAUGUAUGCUGCAUGACGUCGAUUACGAAUGCCGACAAGAAUAUUUUUUUGAUUCCUGAGAAGUUGCAACCAGUAAGAUUGCACGAGAUGAUUAUUAAAACUCCAGCAUACGAAAAGGUAAAACUCACGUUACAAAGAAGACAUGAUAAGAGACAAGUAUGGAUAUCGAUGACACCAGAACAGCUCGAGGUUUAUAUGGAUGAAGACGGAAAUAUGCAGUUUCAAGGAUAUUUGUUAGAAGAGAUUACAGUUAGACCUCAACUACAAGCAUCAGCUGCGGGUAUUUCAGAAGAGGCCCUGGCAAAGAUUUUGGAAAAUUUUGCUGAUAAAAAGAGGGAUAUAUUCAAGCAUCAGAACGUAAAGAAGCAGACCGAGAGAAUGGUUUUAGAUAAAUUUACCAAUAAAACGACGAAUGCAAGUCAAUGGCUAACUACUUUUGAGACUGAGUGCCGUCGUGUAGGAAUAGAAGAGGAUAUACCGAAGAUUGAGGCGCUGAGGUUGUUUUUGGAAGAUUCCUGUUUGGACUGGUACAGGUCAAUGAUAAUUAAAUUUACAGUGGACUCAGAGUGGUCGCAAUGGAAGAAAAUGUUUUGUGAAACUUAUGCGGACAAAGGUUGGUCGCCGGUCAGGUAUGCAAUGUUUUUUAGAUAUAGACAGGGAUCUUUACUUGAAUAUGCCAUAAAAAAAGAAAGGCUUUUGCUAGAGAUAAAUAAAAGGAUGGAUAAGUCUACGUUGAUAGAUCUUAUUGCUAUUGGCUUACCAAUAUUUGUGGCUGAUAGGUUAGACAGAGAAGAUCUAAAGGAAACCGAGGAUUUAUUUAAUAGUCUCAGAGGUUUAGAGCACUUGGUGAGCAAGAAGAUUUGGGAAAAAAACUCUGUGGGUUUAGAAAAUAAGACUAAAGAGAAGAAUGGAAAGGACUAUCAUCCAUGCAGAAUUUGUGAAAAAGAAAAUAAAGGAAACCGGUAUCAUCCCGAAUCCUUAUGUUGGUUUAAAAAUAAGAAUAAUGACGGACCAAAACGGGAGCAAAUAAGAAGCGUUAAUCAUUCAGAGUUAGAGGUAGAAUUAAAUGAAAUAGAUCCAAAAAACUAGUGUUUCCGCCAUUAAUUAAGACUAAGCUAUUGUUAAAUAAUACUUUACAACUUCUAGGAGUUUACGAUUCAGGGUCUAAUGUAUCUUUGAUUAAUUCGAAGUUGUUACGUAUUAAAAAUAACACUAUUAGCAAUAAGGGUGUAACUGCUAACUUGAAAACAAUUAAUGGCGCUAAAAAACCUAUAGGAAUGGUGACUUUAAGGAUAAAGAUUUUUGAUAUGGAACAUGAUGUUAAUGUGUUUGUAAUAGAUGAGGAAAAUUUUGACUAUGAUUUCUUGAUUGGGUUAGAUUGCAUAGGGAAAUUUCACCUCACUCAACAUGACACUUUGGAAAUUACACAAAAUACACUGAUGUUAGGAAAAGA